CUCGCCCUCGGCCUACGCAGGCGCAAACCGGCAAGAUGGCGGCGACUGGAGCGGGCCGCCUGAGACGGGCUGCGUCAGCCCUGCUGCUCCAGACCCCGCGCCUGCCGGCCCGGGAGCUGUCGGCUCCCGCCCGGCUCUAUCACAAGAAGGUUGUCGACCAUUAUGAAAAUCCCAGAAACGUGGGGUCUCUUGACAAGACAUCUAAAAAUGUAGGCACUGGAUUGGUGGGGGCUCCAGCGUGUGGCGAUGUGAUGAAAUUACAGAUCCAGGUGGAUGAGAAGGGGAAGAUCGUGGACGCCAGGUUUAAGACAUUUGGCUGUGGUUCCGCCAUCGCCUCCAGCUCGCUGGCCACCGAAUGGGUGAAAGGAAAGACGGUGGAGGAAGCCUUGACCAUCAAGAACACAGACAUCGCCAAGGAGCUGUGCCUGCCCCCCGUGAAGCUGCACUGCUCCAUGCUGGCUGAAGAUGCAAUCAAGGCCGCCCUGGCUGAUUACAAACUGAAGCAAGCACCCAAGAAAGGAGAGGCGGAGAAGGAAUGAGCCCGUGGCAAUGCCUCCAGCAGGGCCUUCAGCUGCUUGCCCGCCCCGCGCUGUCACCUUAGAUUUCAGGACGCUCCUCACGGCAGUGAAAGGCCAUAUGCAUGACACUUGCUGUUCACACUGUGGCUCUGAUGCAAGCAGAAUACAGUUCAGUAGUUCCGAAUCCUGUGGUUUCUUUCAGCCCACGUUUACCGCCUUAAUCCUAAUUCUGUAUAUUUUGAAUUGAGUGUACAGCCUCAAAACUGCAAUCGGUAAGUCUUGAGUUUUGCUAGUCCACGAAGUGCACAAAGAUCUAUUUUAUCUGAAUCUAUUUUGGGGAGGAUUACCAAUAGAAUGCCUUGUAUGAUUGUUUGAUAGAACCAAGUAUUGUACAUAAAACAGAUCUGCAUAUAUAUAAUAAAUUAAAGAAUGUGAGACAA